CUUUCCCUCUCUGGUGAGAAAGUGUCAUGGUACCCAGGGUGCUAAGGCCACCGGGCUACCAAAAUACAAAACAAUCCACAAUAAGAACGAUGUGGAUGAUGAUGAUGACGAUGACGAUAACAAUGCUAAUAAUAAGAAAAACGGGAGAAUCUGACAGGGUCAGCCAAGAAAGACCCUUUUCCAGCCUCUAGCCCAUCAAAGGUUAUUCUGGAGCAGUCGUCCAUGGGGAUCCCAUCCGUCCCCCCGGGUGGUUUAGAUUCACACCGGGAUCCAGGAUGGUCUUCUGAUUGACUAGUUGGAAACCUUAGUCACAUCUGAGACCAACAAUCCAGUGCUUUGUCCAUCUGGUUGAUGGGGAAAUUCCCAAUCCCAAGGAUGCUCCAAAGUUAAAAUAAAGGUCCAUCAAAGGAUACAUCGAUUCACCGUUCUGGUCGCCGUUCUGGAACCAAAACACACAAAGCUCCCUCUGUCGCCUCCCCCUCACUGGCGGUGGCGGCUGGACCCCAGAUCGACAGGUAACCAGACAACAGUGCAGACACAGGGGUGUGACG